GUGUUCCAGUUUUUACAAUUUUGUUCGUUUGGUCUUCACUCCAUUUUUUCUCUCUUCUUUUCUGCCAUUGUAUCUCUCUAGAUUCUCUCUGAGCAUGCAUUUUCGUUUUUCCGAAUCCGUGAGCUGAAAAUUUGAACCUCGUUCAUACACCAGAAUUUUCCAUUGGUGAUUGGAUCCAUCGAACUUCAAAAUCCGUCAUCAUCGGAGCCACCGUGGAACCUGUCUACCGGUUUUUUUUCAUUCGAAAGAGUAGACGGCGGGAUCCGCUCCAUCUCCCGGCGGAUCUGUGAGCUGUGGAGAUGGCGUUAUCGGGAAUGAGAGGUCUGUCGGUGUUCAUCAGCGAUGUCCGCAACUGUCAGAACAAGGAACAGGAGAGGCUACGCGUCGACAAGGAGCUCGGAAAAAUCCGAACUCGCUUCAAGAGCGAGAAGGGUUUGAAACCAUAUGACAAAAAGAAAUAUGUAUGGAAAAUGCUUUACAUAUAUAUGCUUGGCUAUGAUGUGGAUUUUGGUCACAUGGAAGCCGUUUCUCUAAUAUCUGCUCCAAAGUAUCCAGAAAAGCAGGUUGGGUACAUUGUGACAUCAUGUCUGGUCAAUGAAAACCAUGACUUUCUGAGAUUGGCAAUAAAUACUGUGCGGACUGAUAUUAUUGGUCGCAAUGAAACAUUUCAGUGCUUAGCAUUGACUAUGGUUGGAAAUAUUGGUGGAAGAGAAUUUUCCGAGUCCUUAGCACCUGAUGUACAGAAGUUGCUGGUAUCUAGCAGUUGCAGGCCGCUUGUGAAAAAAAAAGCUGCUUUAUGCUUACUGCGAUUAUACAGGAAAAAUCCAGAUGUUGUCAAUGUAGAUGGGUGGGCGGUUCGGAUGGCACAACUUUUGGAUGAACGAGACCUUGGUGUUUUGACUUCUUCUAUGAGUCUCCUUGUUGCUUUGGUGUCAAACAAUUAUGAGGCAUAUUGGAGUUGUCUUCCCAAGUGUGUAAAAAUUUUAGAACGCCUUGCUAGGAACCAGGAUAUUCCGCAAGAGUACACUUACUACGGCAUCCCAUCUCCCUGGCUUCAGGUCAAAACAAUGAGGGCCCUUCAGUAUUUUCCGAUCAUUGAAGAUCCAAAUACCAGAAGAUCACUAUUUGAGGUCUUACAAAGGAUAUUGAUGGGCACUGAUGUGGUAAAAAAUGUGAACAAAAAUAAUGCAUCUCAUGCUGUUCUUUUUGAAGCCCUUGCUCUGGUUAUGCAUCUUGAUGCUGAAAAAGAGAUGAUGUCUCAAUGUGUGACUCUUCUUGGAAAAUUUAUUGCUGUUCGAGAGCCAAAUAUUCGAUAUCUAGGCUUGGAAAAUAUGACUAGAAUGUUUAUGAUUACAGAUGUGCAAGAUAUCAUAAAAAGGCACCAGGCUCAGAUUAUUACCUCAUUGAAAGAUCCUGACAUCAGUAUUCGAAGGCGUGCUUUGGAUUUGCUUUAUAGCAUGUGUGAUGUUUCAAAUGCAAAGGAUAUAGUUGAAGAACUACUGCAGUAUCUCAGCACAGCAGAUUUUGCAAUGCGAGAGGAAUUAUCACUAAAAGCAGCUAUUCUUGCGGAGAAGUUUACACCAGAUCUUUCUUGGUAUGUAGAUGUGAUCCUUCAACUAAUUGACAAGGCUGGAGAAUUUGUUAGUGAUGACAUCUGGUUUCGUGUGAUACAAUUUGUUACAAAUAAUGAUGAUCUACAGCCUUAUGCCGCAGCAAAAGCUCGAGAGUAUCUUGAUAAGCCUGCCAUACAUGAGACAAUGGUUAAGGUUAGUGCAUAUAUCCUUGGAGAGUUUGGGCACCUUCUAGUGAGACAACCUGGGUUUAGUCCAAGGGAAAUAUUUAACAUCAUACAUGAGAAGCUUCCUACUGUAUCGACUUCUACUAUUCCUAUUCUUCUAUCAACAUAUGCUAAAAUUCUUAUGCACACUCAACCACCAGACCCUGAUCUACAGAAUCAGAUAUGGGCAAUAUUCAAAAAAUAUGAGAGUUGCAUUGAAGUUGAGAUACAGCAGCGGGCUGUUGAAUAUUUUGCCUUGAGUAGAAAAGGUGCAGCAUUAGUAGAUAUAUUAGCUGAAAUGCCUAAAUUCCCUGAACGGCAGUCUGCAUUGAUCAAAAGGGCUGAAGACACUGAAGUUGAUACUGCAGAACAAAGUGCAAUGAAGUUGCGAGCCCAGCAACUUUCUCAAACAUCAAAUGCAUUGGUUGUAUCUGACCAACACCCUACUAAUGGUACACCAGCAGUCAUGGUCAACCAACUUGGUCUUUUAAAGGUGCCCAACCCCAGCACAAGGAGUAACAUGGAUAAUGAUUCAGAGGAUCAAAGAUUACCCCAGGUAAAUGGGACUUUGAGUAAAGUAGAGGCUCUGCCUCAAUCUGCCGACCUUGAUGGUGUUCUCUUGGAUACAUUGGCUAUUGAGGGCCCACCCAGCAGCAUUGUCCAACCUAAGUCAAAUUCCAAUUUGGGAUUGGGAGGUAUUGCAGUUGAGUCAUCAGCCCUCGUUCCUGUUGAUCAGCAAGCUAAUGCUGUGCAGCCAAUUGGAAAUAUCGCUGAAAGGUUUCGUUCUUUGUGCUUGAAGGAUAGUGGUGUUCUAUAUGAGGAUCCUUACAUUCAGAUUGGCCUUAAAGCAGAAUGGAGAGCUCAUCAGGGACGCGUUGUUCUUUUUUUGGGAAACAAGAAUACUUCUCCUCUCCUCUCUGUUCAAGCUAUAAUAUUGCCACCCACUCAUUUAAAGACGGAGCUCUCAUUAGUACCAGAAACUAUACCUCCCCGGGCACAGGUGCAAUGCCCACUUGAAGUUGUUAAUCUCCUCCCAAGCAGGGAUGUGGCUGUUCUUGACUUCUCAUACAAGUUUGGUAAUGAUAUGGUCAACGUCAAACUUCAGCUUCCAGCUGUCCUAAAUAAAUUUCUUCAGCCUAUAUCUAUAUCUGCUGAAGAUUUUUUCGCUCAAUGGAGAUCCCUAUCUGGACCACCUUUAAAGCUUCAAGAAGUGGUUAGAGGUGUCAAACCACUUCCGUUGCUUGAAAUGGCCAACUUAUUCGAUAGUUACUCUUUGACAGUCUGCCCGGGGCUGGAUCCCAAUCCAAACAAUCUUGUUGCGUGUGCAACAUUCUAUUCAGAAAAUACAAGAGCAAUGCUCUGUUUGAUACGAAUUGAAACGGAUCCAGCAGACAGAACCCAGCUACGAAUGACGGUUGCUUCGGGAGACCCAACACUAACAUUUGAGUUGAAGAUGUUUAUAAAGGAAAUGCUAGUCAGCAUUCCCCCAGCAAUCCAGAAACCUCCACAAGCAUCUCCAACACCACUUCAACAAGCCAGUGAUGUGGCAGCAUCGACAGACCCCGGGGCUAUGCUUGCUGCUCUUCUGUGACAAAGUAGAUAGAUGCAUAAGCCAAUGAUUUAUUGUACGUUAUUGAGGUGGAUUUAUCGUAAGCCAAUUGAGUUGCAUAUACAAUUUCAUGAUGCGUGGACUGGCGGAAUCAGAAAACUGUCAGUGUAGUCUCGGUAGGUCGGCAUUUUUUAAGAUUCUUUCCCCUAGAGUGAGUUAAUUCUCUCGAGUGUUUAUUUAGUUCUCUUAUCCGUGAGCUCUUGCCUAUUUUUACCAGGGUGUAUUUAUAAUGUAAAAUAUUUUGCGUCAUAGAUUAGAUUGUAUGUAUCACAUGUUUACUUUCUUUUGCCAAUAAUAAUACUGGAUUCGGUGCUAUGCUAACACACGAAUUAGGCGGAAAA